GUGGAGGAGCGCAUCCAGGAGGAGUGCCGAUUCCUGGUGGAUGCCUUUAAGGAUGAGCAGGGUGAGUGCCACGUGCCUCCCUCAGCAGCUGUGCUGAAGGCAGGACCUGGUGCAGCCUGGUAUCAUUUCACCCGUGGUUCAGUGCAUGCUGAAAAAUACCUCACCUUACAAGGGAUGCUGCAGCCCCACCAGCAUCCCUGCUCCCUCCUGCAGGGGUUUGGCCUUCAAAGGGACUGGAGAGUGCAGGCAGGUAACACCCCAUGCAUUAUUCAUAGCCCACCUUCAGCCUCCUGCCCUCUCUCAGAUCUCUGGGAAAUACCAUGUGUGUAUAAAUUUCUUGAGAGAAAAGUUGGGAAUCUCCCUGCACUCACACAAAAGAGGUGCAAACAGUGGCAGGUGUUCCAGGUUAGUCCUUCGGGGACCCUCACAGCAACAACCUUGUGUUGUUCCAAGGGGUUUUGUGUUUGGGCCUUGGCUGAUUCCUGCUCUUUCCCACCAGCCCGCGUGCAAGCCGAGAUCGACGCCGUCAUCGGACAGGCACGGCAGCCAGUGCUGGAGGACAGGAACAACAUGCCCUACACCAAUGCUGUCAUCCAUGAGGUGCAGAGGAAAGCCAACAUUAUCCCUUUUAACGUGCCAAGAAUGGCAGCAAAGGACACAAUCGUGGAUGGCUUCUUCAUCCCAAAGGGCACUCUUUUGAUGACAAAUAUAACCUCUGUGAUGUUUGACAAGAACGAGUGGGAAACCCCUGACACUUUUAACCCUGGGCAUUUCCUGAAGGAUGGGAAGUUCUGGAAAAGAGAAUCGUUUCUGGCAUUUUCUAUGGGGAAGCGCGCCUGCCUGGGCGAGGUGCUGGCCCGCUCCGAGCUCUUCCUCUUC